AUGGCUAACGUUUAUAUUUUGCUAAAAGAGCGAAUACACAGCCAAAAUCGCAUUGAUUCUAAUCGUAUCAUUAAUAAUAAUGGAAAUGUUGGUUUUGGUAAUCACAUCCCACCUUUUCCAAGGCGUCAGCGUAAAAAUUAUAUAACUAAUUACUGCUUUAAUAUUCUAACCUUUAACCUAGCAAUAUCCGAUUUAUUCGGUUGUAUCUAUCUUAUUAUCCUAGCCGCUGCCGACUUACAUUAUAGAAAGAAACUAUUUUGGAAUGAUAGCACAGAUCCUAAUCAUCGUCAUUCACGUCAUGAACAUAGGGAGGAUCAUUGCGCUCGAUAUAAUCUAACUAACCCUUCAGAAGAAUGGGUAACAAGUAUUUCUUGUCAUAUGGCACGUAUAUUAUAUAUAGCGGCUACAACACAGUCAGUAAAUAUUAUUUUAUGCAUUGCUAUCGAACGAUAUAUUUGCAUUUGUUAUCCUAGCCAAUUCCAUAACAUGAUAACCGCAUUUAUAACAAAACUAGCAGUUGGAUUCGGAUGGCUACUUGCGUUACUGAUGUCUAUUUUGAUAGUCAUUUUUGCCAAAUUAACAUGGGAUAGCAAUGAUCACAUACGUGUAUUCUCAUACCGCUAUCACAAUCUAUGCAUUUUUGAUAAUAUACAAAGACCCUUUAUUCGAAUUUUAUUAGUUAUUCAAUAUACCAUUUGUAUGAUUAUUUAUGGAGUAAUUAUUUCGCUGUAUAUUGCUAUAACACUAAAGCUAAAAUGGAUUCGCCAGAGUGGAUCCAUCAUGUUUAAUGCAGCAAAGGGCGAAAAAAAUGUUCUCGCAGUUGCGAUUGCAACCGGUGCAACCAAUUUGUUAUGUUGGUUUCCCGGCACAUUUACUGCUUUCGGAAUAAUGAUUUCGUGGCCGAGCAUAAAAGUUCAUCAUUUAGAAUUUAUUAGAGUUUCACCAGUACUUAUUUUAUUAUUUCCCGCUAACUGUUGCCUAAACCCUAUCUUGCAUGUUUUCAUUACAUCUAAGUUUGGUCGCAAAUUAAUUCAUGGCAAGAGUAACUAUGCAGCUAAAUAA